GGCUGGGUAAGUGAGACGGCCGCUAGCGGAGGGACCGAGGCGGCGCGAGGCGCGGUCGGUCGGGCCUGCGCCGCCGGGCGGGGAGCGCUCCCGCUCUCUGUGGGAGGUUGGGAUGCUGAGUCAGAGCCGGGGCGGGGGCGGGCGCACUGAGAAGCCCCGCGCGACCCGAGGCCAAGCCGUCCAGGACCCUGACUGCGCGGACACUGCCUCGGGGGUGUGUGUCAGGGGCGGCCGCAGCCGGUGGAAUAGUCGCGCGGGCCCUGUCUCCUGCAUCCCCUGCAUCUCCGCUCUUAGGCGCGCGGCCGGCCCUCGACCUGCAUCCCGCCCGGCGGCGUUGGGCACAAAGAGGACAACUCGUUACCGGGCCUGGGCCCUGGCUGCCCGGGGAGGCAGGGACACCUUUUUCCCUUGGAGUUAGGCUCGUUGUUUUCUGCCCUGUUUCAGAGCGUCGACACGACUAGCAGUUUUUAGAUGGAUUGAUUUUUUUCAGAGGAUUAGAAAGAGACGUUUCUUAGAGGUUUAGUUAUGUUCAGUCAGCAGAGAUUGACUCACACCGGAAACCAGAAGCAUAAGAUGUUUUAAAUAUAUGCCGAUAAAAUACGAAUUCCCAGACCUUUCAUUGCUCCUCGUUUACCUAGCUUAUGGGUUUAAUUUGUAAUCUCUAUCCCGGGCAAUUUUAGUAGGUGGCCUCAAAACAACUCCCAAGCAAUUGCCAAAUGUAUAACCAAAGACUGGUCUUUUCUACUCUGGAACCCCCAGUGUGUGAUUCACAUAGGGGUAGGGUUUGAAAAUCCUGGAACUUUGUCUAUAGACCAUGUCAUCAAACCUGUUUUUAAUCCCUGAACGAAUAGUAACUUUCGUUUUGGACGGCAUGGUAUAAGGAAGUAGAAUGAAGACGGCAUCAUCAACAUACUUGUUGACUGCCUGCUUAUAUGCUCGUCAAAAAUUUGGGAAGAUUUAUAUGGCCAGCACCUUGUGGGUGUGCUGAGUCAUGUUUUAGCAUGUUGUGGAGUUAUCGGAAGAUAGUUUCAAAAGACAUUUCCCCUGUGAUGACUGUUGAAUAGAAACCAUAGUUUUGUGUCUGCAUAGAGAACAGAUAUCUUAACUGAUAAAUAUUUUUCUUAUUAUCCUGAUGGUACAUACACAUAGGUACCUAAUGGUACUAUUUGUCAUUUACAGUUUUCUGAAACAGCAGUUACAUUGAUUAGGGAAGGUUUUUCAUUGGAUAGUUGAGACAUUUAUUACUGUAUUGUGAAUGAAAUGUAAUAACUGACAAAUGUGUAUUCCUUAUUUGUGAAAAAGGAAUCUUAUUUUUAUUGCUUAUUUCCAGUAGUGGUAUAUAAAAUUUAUCUGAAUUAGAUGGGUAGUAAAAUUAUAUAAAAAUAUCCUACUGUGUCAGUGAUUGGUAAAAUUGAGACCCCCCUGACCAUUCUGUAUAUUCCUAACCCAACUUGGGAUAUUGGUGGUCAUUAAUUCAUCACAGAAUACCUAGUCUAGCAUACUUCUUUUUGCUUUAACUUACUGUGGAGGGAAAUUAAAAUCCAUGUUUUGAUAUGACAGUACAGCAGGUUUAAAGGAGCAUGAUGGGGCUACUGUUUGUGCUAUGUUAGCAUACAUGGAUUUUAGUCCAAGGUGGAACUUGGUUACUUUGUAUACCUUGAUGGAGACAUAGCUUUUCAGUAUUAAAGACUUGGCAAUAUAGGCUACUUGGUAUGUUUACAUAUUUAUACUUGGAGGUUGGGGAAACCAUCCUUAAAUUGAUUUCAGAAGAGUUCAUACCUUUUCAGGAAUAAUAAUUUUUAUACCUUUCCUUUAUGCUUGUCAGGUUCUAUGUAGAUGAAAUUUUAGCUCAUGGAAAUAUUAUGCAAGGGCAACAUUUGUUUUCUUUAUUGUUUCCCUGCCCUGAAGGAAACAAAGUAAUUUUUUCUGUAUUUGUUUUAUUUUACAUUAUUACUUUUCUUUAUCUUAAAACAUUUUAAGCCAGGCGCAGUGGCUUAUGCCUGUAAUCCCAGCACUUUGGGAGGCCAAGGCAGUCGCAUCAUGAGGUCGGAUCAUGAGGUUGGGAGUUCAAGACCAGCCUAGCCAACAUAGUGAAACCUUGUCUCUACUAAAAGUACAAAGAGCUUGCCGGGUGUACUGUAUAACAAGAGAAUCUCCUGAUCCAGUCAAGAUGCAGAGCACUUCUAAUCAUCUCUGGCUUUUAUCUGACAUUUUAGGCCAAGGAGCUACUGCAAAUGUCUUUCGUGGAAGACACAAGAAAACUGGUGAUUUAUUUGCUAUCAAAGUAUUUAAUAACAUAAGCUUCCUUCGUCCAGUGGAUGUUCAAAUGAGAGAAUUUGAAGUGUUGAAAAAACUCAAUCACAAAAAUAUUGUCAAAUUAUUUGCUAUUGAAGAGGAGACAACAACAAGACAUAAAGUACUUAUUAUGGAAUUUUGUCCAUGUGGAAGUUUAUACACUGUUUUAGAAGAGCCAUCUAAUGCCUAUGGACUACCAGAAUCUGAAUUUUUAAUUGUUUUGCGAGACGUGGUGGGUGGAAUGAAUCAUCUGCGAGAGAAUGGCAUAGUGCACCGUGAUAUCAAGCCAGGAAAUAUCAUGCGUGUUAUAGGGGAAGAUGGACAGUCUGUAUACAAGCUCACAGAUUUUGGUGCAGCUAGAGAAUUAGAAGAUGACGAGCAGUUUGUUUCUCUGUAUGGCACAGAAGAAUAUUUGCACCCUGAUAUGUACGAGAGAGCAGUGCUAAGGAAAGAUCAUCAGAAGAAAUAUGGAGCGACAGUUGAUCUUUGGAGCAUUGGGGUAACAUUUUAUCAUGCAGCUACUGGAUCACUGCCAUUUAGACCCUUUGAAGGGCCUCGUAGGAAUAAAGAAGUGAUGUAUAAAAUAAUUACAGGAAAGCCUUCUGGUGCAAUAUCUGGAGUACAGAAAGCAGAAAAUGGACCAAUUGACUGGAGUGGAGACAUGCCUGUUUCUUGCAGUCUUUCUCGGGGUCUUCAGGUUCUACUUACGCCUGUUCUUGCAAACAUCCUUGAAGCAGAUCAGGAAAAGUGUUGGGGUUUUGACCAGUUUUUUGCAGAAACUAGUGAUAUACUUCACCGAAUGAUAAUUCAUGUUUUUUCGCUACAACAAAUGACAGCUCAUAAGAUUUAUAUUCAUAGCUAUAAUACUGCUACUAUAUUUCAUGAACUGGUGUAUAAACAAACCAAAAUUCUUUCUUCAAAUCAAGAACUUAUCUAUGAAGGACGACGCUUAGUCUUAGAACCUGGAAGACUAGCACAGCAUUUCCCUAAAACUACUGAGGAAAAUCCCAUCUUUGUAGUAAGCCGGGAACCUUUGAAUACCAUAGGAUUAAUAUAUGAAAAAAUUUCCCUCCCUAAAGUGCAUCCACGGUAUGAUUUAGAUGGGGAUGCUAGCAUGGCUAAGGCAAUAACAGGGGUUGUGUGUUAUGCCUGCAGAAUCGCCAGUACCUUACUGCUUUAUCAGGAAUUAAUGCGAAAGGGGAUACGAUGGCUGAUUGAAUUAGUUAAAGAUGAUUACAAUGAAACUGUUCACAAAAAGACAGAAGUUGUGAUCACAUUGGAUUUCUGUAUCAGAAACAUUGAAAAAACUGUGAAAGUUUACGAAAAGUUGAUGAAGAUCAACCUAGAAGCGGCAGAGUUAGGUGAAAUUUCAGACAUACACACCAAAUUGUUGAGACUUUCCAGUUCUCAGGGAACAAUAGAAACCAGUCUUCAGGAUAUUGACAGCAGACUAUCUCCAGGCGGAUUGCUGGCAGAUGCCUGGGCACAUCAAGAAGGCACUCAUCCAAAAGACAGAAAUGUAGAAAAACUACAAGUCCUGUUAAAUUGCAUGACAGAGAUUUACUAUCAGUUCAAAAAAGACAAAGCAGAACGUAGACUAGCUUAUAAUGAAGAACAAAUCCACAAAUUUGAUAAGCAAAAACUGUAUUACCAUGCAACAAAAGCAAUGACACACUUUACAGAUGAGUGUGUUAAAAAGUACGAGGCAUUUUUGAAUAAGUCAGAAGAAUGGAUGAGAAAGAUGCUUCAUCUGAGGAAACAGUUAUUUUCUCUGACUAAUCAGUGUUUUGAUAUUGAAGAAGAAGUAUCAAAGUAUCAAGACUAUACUAAUGAGUUACAAGAAACUUUGCCUCAGAAAAUGUUUGCAGCUUCCAGUGGAAUCAAACAUACCAUGACCCCAAUUUAUCCAAGUUCUAACACAUUAGUAGAAAUGACUCUUGGUAUGAAGAAACUAAAGGAAGAGAUGAAAGGAGUGGUUAAAGAACUUGCUGAAAAUAACCACAUUUUAGAAAGGUUUGGCUCUUUAACCAUGGAUGGUGGCCUUCACAAUGUUGACUGUCUUUAGCUUUCUAACAGAAGUUUGAAAAAGUUUCCGUUUGCACAAGAAAAUAAUGCUUGGGCAUUAAAUGAAUGCCUUUAUAGAUGGUCACUUGUUUCUACAGUCCAGUAUUUGAAGUGGUCAUGUAAAUAUGUACAAUAUUGUAAAUACAUAAAAAAUAUAUAAAUUUUUGGCUGCUGUGAAGAUGUAAUUUUAUCUUUUAACAUUUAUAAUUAUAUGAGGAAAUUUGACCUCAGUGAGCACGAGAAGAAAGCCAUGACCGAACAAUGUGUUGACAUACUGAUCCUCUACUCUGAGUGGGGCUAAGUAAGUCAUUUUCUCUGACUGCCUACUGGAAGUAUUUUUAAUGGAACUGAAAUAGGCAUCCUUACAUAGCAGGAAGACUGAGUUGACAUGUUUGUAAAUGGUAGAACGGUGGCUACUGUGAGUGGGGAGCAGAACCGAACCACUGUUAUACUGGGAUAACAAUUUUUUUGCGAAGGAUAAAGUGGCAUUAUUUUAUUUUACAAGGUGCCCGGAUCCCAGUUAUCCUUGUAUCCAUGUAAUUUCAGAUGAAUUAUUAAGCAAACUUUUAAAGUGAAUUCAUUAUUUAAAACUAUUCAUUUUUUCCUUUGGCCAUAAAUGUAUAAUUGUCAUUAAAAUUCUAAGGUUAUUUUAACUGUUUUAAGCUGUAUAUUUCUUUAAUUCUGCUUACUAUUUCAUGGAAAAAAAAUAAAUUUCUCAAUUUUAAGGUAAA